AUGCACAAUUCGAAGAAGAUUGCAUUUUUGGCAGUUUGCCAAUUUGUAAUUUUGAAUGUAGACGCAUUCCGGCUGCAAGGAAUCGCCGUAAAAGGCCGAUUGUUAUGUAAUGAAAAAGUGCUGAGGAACACAAGAGUCAAGAUUUAUGAUAUCGAUCGGAACCCCGGCGAUUCGGAUGAUUUGCUCGACGAUCGGUACACGGAUAAGGACGGUGAAUUCCGGGUAUUCGGCACGACGCGCGAACUGACCGACAUCGAGCCCGUGUUGUACGUGUACCACGAUUGCGAGGAUGGCAUUAGGCCAUGCCAAAAGCGGGUGCGGAUCGACAUCCCGCCGCGGUGGAUCGUCCGGAAAAAGGAGGCUGCGGAAUCUGACUACUACGAUGUGGGGACGCUGCGCCUCGAGACGCCCUACCCGAACGAGGACCGUAGCUGCGAGAAU